CCGGUCUAGUACUAGUACUUGAAUUAUAAACUAAAAUAAAAUUUUGAUGCUCUUCUUGUCAAAAAGUUUUUUAAAAUUUCAGCUACAUUAGCACUGUUGUGCUAACGAAAAUAUGUAUAAACAUUUUGAAGUUAAAAUUAUGAAAUUUUGCUUUAUUAAUCAUUCUAAUAUAUUUUAAUAAUUAUGAGUUAUGCUAUUUGAAUUUAUUUGAUGGCCAGUGUUUUGCAUGAAUCUGAUCCUUCAGUUUGUAUGAAGAUGGCCGAUAAUUUAACUUCGGAUAAUUCCAGCUCUUAUAUCGGUGGUAUUCAUUUUAACACGAAAUCAUCCGUAGAUAGGUCUUUAUGGAAAACUUGUUAUGUGUUUCGAGAAGGGAGAAAAAGUGGAAAAAUGACUUUUAAAGGAAAAGUAUAUAAUUUCUUAGAAAGGCCUACUGGAUGGAAAUGUUUUGUAUAUCAUUUCACUGUGUUUUUAGUUGUGCUUGUAUGCCUUAUCUUUAGUGUGCUGUCAACAAUUGAUCAAUAUGCAGAUUUUGCUAUUGAAACUUUGUUUUGGAUGGAAACAGUUUUGGUUGUGUUUUUUGGAGUAGAAUAUUUUAUACGCUUGUGGUCUGCUGGUUGCCGAAGUAAAUACAUGGGAAUUUGGGGUCGAUUGAGAUUUGCAAAAAAGCCAAUUUCAAUUAUUGAUCUGAUUGUUGUGGUUGCAUCUUUGUUAGUUUUAGCUGUUGGUUCAAAUGGUCAAGUGUUUGCAACUUCAGCAAUUCGGGGAAUACGCUUCCUUCAAAUAUUAAGGAUGCUGCAUGUUGAUCGCCAAGGGGGAACUUGGAGACUUUUAGGUUCAGUCGUAUUUGUUCAUCGCCAAGAACUCAUUACUACAUUAUACAUUGGAUUUUUAGGCUUAAUUUUUUCUUCAUACUUCAUGUAUUUAGCUGAGAAAGAAGAUAUAGGUAUAGUUGGAAAAUCAGAUUUUACCAGUUAUGCCGAUGCCUUAUGGUGGGGAGUGAUAACAGUUACUACGAUAGGUUAUGGUGACACUGUUCCUAAAACCUGGAUGGGAAAAAUAGUAGCAUCAUGCUUUUCUGUUUUUGCCAUUUCAUUUUUUGCCCUCCCAGCUGGAAUUCUGGGAUCUGGCUUUGCCUUAAAAGUUCAACAGAAGCAACGUCAAAAGCAUUUUAAUCGUCAAAUACCUGCUGCAGCUACCUUGAUACAGUGCCUGUGGAGAUGUUAUGCUGCUGAUAAAUCAUUCAUGUCUGUUGCUACUUGGAAAAUUCAUAUAAAAGACUCUGGUCAGGCUAACUCUUCUAAUGCAAAUACACCAUUAAGCAAAGUUGCUAAGAAAGCCAGUGUUUUAAAACGACGGAAAUCCAAAAGUAAACUUGAUAUUCCUAUAAGUACUAGUCAUUCUGAACUAUCUCAUCAUCAAAGAGAAAGUGACUAUGAAAUUAAUGGUGAAGAACUUAAAACAGGAUGCACUCAAAAGGCUGCAAAAAAAGAUUGUAAAUUUCAGUCUAGCCCUCCUAAUGUGCAAAACUAUCCAAGUAAUAAUGAUAUUGGUUCAGAUGAUGUUGAAAUAGACAUUGAAGAUCCACCACUAUUGACUGUGCUCACAGAAGCACAUAAAAAUGCAGUUAGAGCGAUCAGAAAGAUAAAAUAUUUUGUUGCACGACGAAAAUUUCAGCAAGCUCGGAAACCUUAUGAUGUACGAGAUGUAAUUGAACAAUACUCACAAGGUCAUCUAAAUAUGAUGGUGCGAAUAAAGGAACUUCAAAGAAGAUUAGACCAUACUCUAGGAAAGCCAGGAUCAUAUCUUACUGAAAAAGGUGUUAAGCCAAUGACAAUUGGAGCUCGUUUAUUUCAUAUGGAGCAACAGAUGAUUACUUUGGAUCGAAAAAUGGAUGUCGUAAUUGCUUCGAUAAAUGUGUUAAUCGAAAAGAUAUCAAGUGAAACAGGAAGCAAUGUGGAGCAAGACAUAUGAUUACUAUCCCAGACUUGUGAAAAUUUAUAUUUAUCUAAUUACGUAUUCAUUUUAGAAUGUUAUGCAUUUUAUUUGUUGGUCAUUUCUGUUUUAAUUGAUCCGCUAAAUUAUUAUUUUUCUUUUAUGUAUACAUUUAAACUACACAGUGCUUGGUCUUAUAUUGCUCAUGUACAAUUUUUUAAUUAGUUGAACUUUUGGAACAACUUGGAUCUCAUACGCCAAGAAGUUGCUAGUAAUUUCAAAAGCUCUAAUAAUUAUUUUAAAUGCUUAACUAUACAUAUAUAAUGUAAAAUUAAAAUUUCUUCGGAAUAAAUUGGAUUUUAAUAUUUUAUUUUUCUAACUAUUAUAUAACUUAAUAUAAAUGACAUAGUAAGAACUGCAAAUAAAUCUUUCUAAUAGUAAUAUGCCUGAAUUAACAAAAUUUUGGAAUAUUAAGUAUUAAGUUUUUUGUUUAAAAUUUUUUUUUCGUCCAGUAAUUGGAAAACAUUAAAAACAAACAUUAUAGUGCUUGCAGUGGAAGUCGUCAUGGAGAAAUCUUCUGAUGAAAGCAUUGACUCACAUUGGGCUCUCUGGUCAACUAUGAUGAUGAUAGUGCUUGCAUAGAAUGUGUCUUACCUCAAAAUUGCAUUUCUGAAAAAUCACUUAGAGAAAAAAAAAUAAAAAAAUUUUUCUGUUUAUAAAGAGAAAUGGUGUAAAUACAGAAAAUUUAAUUGUAAUAGUCCUAACUAGUUAAUGUUUCAACUAGUUAGGAUUCGCAAGAUUCAUCCAAAACUCCCUUCUUAUUGAUGUAUCUUGUUUUUUGUGUAACUGAGUGGCAUGACUUACAAAGUUAAAAUUUUUAAGCUGCAGUUUAACAAUUGAGUUAAUACAAAUUUGUACAUUUUGCUGUAUCAACACUUAUAUCUAGCAUUUGAUGUAGCAUAACUGUGAUUACUGACAACAAACCCUAAAAAUCCACUUAUAUCUAUUCUUAUAUUGCACAUCUGUUUCACAUCUCUUAACUCUCUGCAUAUCAAAUUCUUUUCUUAGUAAUACUGAUAUAUUCUUGUAGAUUUAAGAGACUUUGCUAUUGAUAAGAACCUUAGAUAAUUUGUAUGUGUAUUAAGGUCGAAAAUUCUUUUUAAAUAAGAAGUGUUACUGCUUUUCAAAAUAGAGUUUGAAUAUUAUGGCAUUUUGAUUAAUAUAUCAUUAUUCUUUAUUUCUCAUCAAUUUGACUAAUAAUACUGCUCAGUAAGAAAUGGCAGGAAACAAAUAAGCUGUUAAAAUACAGAAUUGUUCCCUUUUUAAAUUUAAUGAUACAAAAUGUCUAUUAUUAUCAAUGAUCUAUGUUUAAUUUCUUAAGACUUGCCUCCGGUAUUUUCUUUUCAAAUGAUAAGAUUUUUCUCUUUCAUUUUUCGUUACAUGAAUAUUUUAUACCAAUAAAAAAAAUAGAUAUUCUUAUAUACCAAUGAGUGUCAAAGAUUUAAUAUUUCUCUUAUUACAGAUACUAAAUAUUUACUAAAAUAUGUAUAUAUUUUGGGAGUAGAAAUCUAGUUUAUUCUCUAAGAAAUUAUAGCCCUGUAUCAAAGUUUUUCUAAAUGCUGGAAUUAUACAAAAUAUUUACUGAAUACAAAUAGGCAAAUAUGACAAGAUUUGGUCAAAGUAAAAAUAAAUAUUUUAGUUAUUUAAUUUUACUCGUUAAAUUUUUCUUUAUUAUAUCUUUUAGAAAGUAAUGGAUAUGAGUCAUCUUAUUUUACAACCUGUGUGAGAAAUAUUUGUAUGAUCUCUAUGUUUCUAAAUUUCUCAAUAUAUGAUUAAAAUAUUUUUCAGCUUUGUUUUGAACAUUUUAAUUUCCUUUCUUGAUUAAAUAAUCUUAGUUUACUAUAAUUUUUAUAAUUAUGCUAUUACAAGUAUGCAAUUAAAAGUAUGCUAUUAAAACUAUGCCAUUAUAACUAUGGAGUUGUAGCUAGGCAGUUGGAGCUAUGCAAGAUCAUCAUGAUGAUGUAAAUGAUUUCUAAUCAUUUUUACAUUAAAUAUUCUUCAAUAUUUCAUUGACUUCCUCAUUCAUUCCUUAGUUGUUAAAGAACAGGCAAUUUUGGCUAAGUUUAUAGGAUAGGCCAAAUAUAUUCAAUUGAUGUUGCUUAGAGUACCUAUAUUUCAAAUAGCAACAACAAACAAAGAAAUCCUCUUUUUUUUUUCUUUUCAUUUUAAACAUUAAAAGUAGCACUAGAGUAUCUCAAUGUACUUUUUAUCGUGUGUCACAUUUCCUAUAGCACAGAUUGCUUGAGUAUUUUUAUUUAUGUUUAUUUUUGCAAAAGAUACUUCUUGUAGCAUAAUAACACUAUUGUUAUGCAUCUUUCUAAACUUUCUUUUCUGAAAAAUAACUGUUAAAAGGAUUUUUCUUUUCUGAAAAAUAACUGUUAAAAAUGAUUUAUUUUUCUGAAAAAUAACUAUUAAAAACAGAUAUUAAGAAAACUUAAUAACACAUACUUUUGAGUGUUUGCUAAGUGCAGUCAAUGCUCAAUAUAAAGACCCUUGCUAUCUGAACAAAAAAUAUAUGGUAUAACAUGAGCUUGUUAUAGCAUAUGUGUGUUAUAGCAUAUAUUAUAACUUCAUAUUUUGGUUCUUGUACAGAAAGGGUCGAUGUCAUGGGGGAUAAUGUCAAAAUUCCUAUAUUGCAAAAGUAUAAUAAUAUAUAUAUAUAUAUUCAAUUUUUCUUUUUAGAAACAUUUAUUAAAACAAUUAUGCAUCGGUGAUUUUUCAUAAUAGCUGAAAUAUAUGUUAGAGUUUAAAUUUUAUAUUUAAACUUUUUACUAGUAGUUCUUUUUUUGGUAAAAUUUAUAAAAAGUAUUACUUUUAUUGAUUUUCUUCUUUAAAAAUAGUUUUGAAAGUCAAAUACAUAUCCUCAAAAAUGUAGCUGUUUAAUUCUGCCAUAUAUUAAUGCUAAAUAACUUAUUAUAAAAAUGUUGCAAAAACAAUUUGUAUCAUGAAAUCUUUUAAACAAUGUGAUGUCUUUUUAACAAAAUUUAGAUACGAUUUUUAUAAGAAAGUAAAAAAAUAAUAAUAAUAGCAAUACUAAGGACCCUUUGAUGUUAAAUUUUUUGGUUUGCUGAUAUGAAUUUUUUUAUUUUUAUUUUGUAUAUACUUCCCAUGCAGCUGAUAAAAGUUGAGUAAUGCAUGUGAAAUUAUUAAAAUGCCUCAAGUGUUUUAGCUUUUUAUUAUAUCUAAUAUUUUAUUUUGAUUUGAAGUGGUCAUCUCAAACAUGCUAAACAGAUGUUUAAGUAUUAAUAUUUUGAUUUCAAGAAUAAUUUUUUUUUUUACUGUAGGUAAAAAUUAUUACAAUCCUUUUCUAAGUUCUUAAGACUUAUUUUAAAGUAUUUUCUUACCACUAAUAAUAUUUCUUAAUAUUUUUUCAUUAAAAAUUGCAAUUAAAAAGCUGCAUGUUAAGAUUAAAGAGAUUUUUAUUUUUUUAAAUUAAUGUUCGUGAUUGUUGAUACAUUAUUCUAAUUUGCAUUUACCUGGGAUCCUAGAAACUACUUAAAUGUAACAAAAUAUAAUUAAAACAACAAUAUCAUCCAGCUGAUUCAUGUUAUUCUGAUUUAUGUUCAUUAAGUGAAGGAAAUUAAGUAUUUUAUAAGAGUACUAAGGUACUUAUUAAUAUGUAUGUAUGAGAAAUAAAAUUAAAAUUCACCUUUACUUGUAACUGAAAGCUUUAAAAAUUGCAGAUGUGCUCAGCAUAAUAGCUUCUUUAAUAAAAUAAGAAUAAUAGAGAGGAUAUGAUUGCCAAUGAUUUCAAACAGAGAACAGAUGUAGCCUUUGCUGUGGUAUGCAAUGUAGAGAGAAUAAUUUUUUUUUUUUUUAAUAAACAAAAUUUUUUUAUCCUUAUUCGAAAAAUAGAUGCAUUAAAAAAAAAUUUAACAGCUUUUUACAUUUCUGAUUUGACAUAUGAUAUUGAGCUAGAAGCCUUUGUAUAAAAGUGGCUUUGAAAUUUUGCUUAAAUAAAUUAUUUUUCUAGAUUAUGUUAAAAGUCUAUAUUUCAUGUUAAUCCUGUAAUUUUCAGCACCUUUCAGUUGAAUUUUAUGUACCUUUUAUGUUUCAAAGAUCUUUUACCUUUCUGAAAAUAUUUUUUGUUUCGUUAAAAACAGUGCUUCAGAAUAUUAUCUGAUAAAUAAUUUUCAAGAGGAAACAUCAUUACCAUUGCAAGCGCGUUUAACAAAAUAAUAUUAAAAAGAAAUCAAAACAUUAUUGUUUGUAACGUUAUUACAAUAAUGUUAAAAAAGUGCGAAAACAUGAAGGCAAAUUUUAAUAAUGAAUUUACAUAUUUUAUAUGUUUAUUUUCUCUUUCAUGCUGCAUGGGUAGUUUCAUAUAUUUGAUAUAAUAUAUAUUUAAGAGUUCAGUUUAUUGUCUUAAUAAUUCUUCUGAGAAAAUAUUUACUAAGGAACUUUUAUAUAUAUACAUAUGUUUAUAUAGAUUCAACAAAAUAAUGUAUAUUUGUAAAGUCUGAGUGCUUUUACUCAUUUCUUAAUUACAUUUUUCAUAUAUACAUACAUUCUUUUUUCAAAUUUAUAAGGAAGAUAUUUAUACUAAACUGACUAAAUAUUAUUAAAUAAAUUUACUUUCUAUACUGGUUUAGCUUUCUUUGUGUGAAUAGUUUUGACAAACAAUUAUUCUGUAUUUAAAGUUAAUGUUUAUAUUGAGCAUAAUUGUAAGUUUUUCUCUAUUAUUAUAAUUUAUAAGAAGGUUAUUUGUAAGGUCUAUAUUUCACUUAAUGAUUUUAAAACUGUCAUAUGCAUUUUUUCCAAUAAUUUGUCACUUAGGGAUUUUCUUUGAGACAAAUAUUGUGAUAUCGAGUAAGUUAAAUAGUUCUAACUCUCUAAUGCAUUCGCAAAAAAAGAUGAAUUUAUUGAAAUUUUUCUUCCUAUACCUCAUUUUAAUAACAGGGGAGAAACUAAUACGUUGGAAGAAGGAUUUAUGUGUGGAAGGUGGUUAGAGGAAUAAUUUAAUAGUUUGCGUACUGUAUAGAAAAAAAAAGAAAAAUUUACUAAGUAAAAACGUACAAGUAUUUGAAUAUUAAACAAUGAAUAGAGAGGGACAAGUAAUGAAACAAGUUAUACUAGAAUUCUUACGAAUUUUCUAAUUAUUACACAAUUAUUUAAUUUAACUUUCUUCUAACACCCGUUUUUUUCACAGUCUUUAAAUUGGUAGCUAUUAUGAGACAUAAAAUCUUGACGACGAAAAGUUGGAAAACAGCUGAAAUCAUUCUAAAGUGAUUAAGUAUUAAAAAUUACGCCAUAAGUCUCUUUCUCUUUUUUUUAAAAAAAAUAUAUAUUAGUGAUGUAAAUGGCACAUAUAUUUCAAUUAAUAUGUUUAGUGAAUUAUAUAUGUUGUAUACACUAGGCUUAAAAUUGUUAUUAUUUCAGAAUCGUUAUUUGGCCCUUCUUUCAUAUAUUUGACUUAUAUAAUUUUGCUAAAAUUGUAUUAUUUAACCUUCUGGCAGUCACACAAAUGAGUAAUUUGGAAAAUGUUUCUUCCAUUUUCUAUUUUUUUUCUAUUAAUGUUUUUCUUUUUUCCUAUUUUAUUACAUGCAAGAACUAGGUUUGGUGUAGGAAACAGAAUAAAGCUUGAAAUGCCACUUCCCCCUGUGUCUUGCCAGAAAGGGUUAAUUUAGAAAUAUUUCUAGAAGUCUAUUUUCUCUAUUUUGAAUUCUAUGCAAUUGUAUUUUUAAGCAGAUUAUGGAGUUAUUCAGUUUAUUUGUUUUU